AUGUAACAUUAAUAUCAUCGAUAUCAAAAGAAUUAUAAACUUCAACCUGUAAUGGUUUCAAGUAAUCGGGUCUCCUUUGCAUUUUCAGGUUACGCAUUCUUUACAUUUGCUGAUAAUGAAUUUGAUGAAUAAAUGAUAAUAAAGGCGUUGAUCAAGGUUGAGACAAAGGAGAGACAUAGAUAAGUUUUAACCAGCGGUCAUAUUACCCUAUUAGAACCAGGCCCGAGAAUUCAAAAAGCCAACAUUAAGUUAGAGAGUUAUUUAUAAUGGCAUUUCAAAGAAUUAUGAAGAACCAUAAAUAAAAUAGGUAUUGAAAUGUGAAAAUUAGUCUAAAUUAGGCAUAAUAUAUUAACGGUUCAAAAGACACAGUAUCACUGGAAAUAAUUAAAUAAAUAGAAUUGAUAGCAUUUAGAAUUUUUCCGUCUUGAUCUCAAUAUUAAAUCGAC